AUGGAUAUGGGUCAAAUAUUAUCGAAUCCAUAUAUAGAAAAGGAACAUCAUUCCGGUUCUGAUGAUUUCACUUCUUUUGGGUUCUGUUCAAUGCAAGGAUGGCGUGUAUCCAUGGAAGACGCCCAUGCCUUUGAAUUGAAUGUGAAUUCUGCUGCUUCUGAUACGGAUGACGCUGUAGAUCAUGUGGCAUUUUAUUCAAUUUUUGAUGGUCAUGGUGGGUUUAAAGUAGCUGAAUUUUGUGGACAAAAUUCUGUUAAUAUUUUAAGAAACUUAAAUAAUUUUAAAAAUGGAAAUUAUUUGAAGGCAGUGUCUGAUUUUGCGCUCGAGGUUGAUGACCAGUUAAUUGAAGCAGAUAUUAAUAUUCAUAAUGACCACUCGGGGAGCACCUUUACUGGUGUGAUUAUAUCUAAGUCAAAAAAUUUAAUACUUUGUGCUAAUUCAGGAGAUUCAAGAACUGGAAUGGCUAUUAAUGGUUGUGCAAAGGCUUUGUCUUUUGAUCAUAAACCCAGUCUCGUAAGCGAAACUUCAAGAAUAACAAAUGCGAGCGCAUUUGUAGAAAUAGAUAGAGUUAAUGGAAAUCUAGCUUUAUCAAGAUCGAUGGGUGAUUUUGAAUUUAAAGCUCAACCAGAAUUGUCUCCUUAUGAACAAGCAGUGACUUGCAUACCAGACGUAAUUCAACAUACAAUAAAUUAUGCUUUUGAUGAUUUUAUUAUGCUCGCAUGUGAUGGUAUAUGGGAUUGCUUAUCUUUGCAAGAUUGCACAGAUUUAGUAUAUUAUGGAAUUUAUCAAGAAACUUUAAGUUUGAAUGAUAUUGCUGCAAAAAUUAUAGAUGUUUGCUGCGCUCCAAAUACCGAAGGCUCUGGGAUUGGCUGUGACAACAUGAGCAUAGUAAUCGUAGCGUUGCUUCAAGAUGCUGAAACAGAAGAACAUUGGUUUACAAGGAUUCGUAACAAGAAAGAUAUUUCACAUUCAGAACGGGAGCUAAUGUCUUUCGAGGAUAGAAGAAAAAAAGUAUUUGGCUACUUUAACUUUGAUGAAUCAAAAGGUCAUUCUGUUUUUGAAGUAACGACCAUGAAGCAAAGUAAAGAAGAUAGAAAUGACUCACAUAAUGACUCUGAUUUAAGAUAUCCGAUUUCUUCAGAGCAUGUUGAUACUACUUCUGGGAAUAUUGCAGUAUUCAGCACAGAGAACCCUGCAGCAGCAGAUAUUCAUAACCGCACUGGAAAUAUCAAUGCUGAGAGUAAUAAACAUCCGUUUAACCUAUAUACAUUAAAUAACAUAUUAGGUUCCUCAGGUAUUCAAAUUACGAGAGGAGCAGAAAAUGGGAAUGAUAACAGCGCCUUUAUACACAGUUCAAAUUUGCCACGGAUAUUGGCAUCAUUAGGAAAUACUUCAUCUAGUGAGUUAACAAAUUUAAUAGAUAAUAUAGAAACAGACGAAGAUAUCUAUAUGGAUGAUGAUGAUCAAAAUGAAGAUGAUCAAAACAGAUCGACACCAGAGGUUAGAAAUGAACCCGAUUCCGCUUUCAGAUAA